GCAAUCGCUGACAGCUCGCACCGGCAAUCGCUGACAGCUCGCACCGGCAAUCGCUGACAGCUCGCACCGGCAAUCGCUGACAGCUCGCACCGGGAAUCACUGACAGCUCGCACCGGGAAUCACUGACAGCUCGCACCGGGAAUCACUGACAGCUCGCACCGGGAAUCACUGACAGCUUGCGGCGGACACCGGGAGCACUGCGGUCUCGCUGCCCAGUACCGAGCACCAUGUAUCAAGGAUUUUCCAGUAAUACCGAGUAUGAGGCCACCUCAUCCCGCUGUAGCAGCGCCUCGCCUGCUGGGGACAGCCUGAGCUACUACCCGUCUCCGGCGGCUUCCUUCUCCAGCCUGGGAUCCCCAGUCACCCCACAGGAUUUCUGCACGGACUCCAGUGGCAGCUUUGUCCCCACGGUCACAGCCAUUUCCACUUCCACGGACCUGCAGUGGCUGGUGCAGCCCACCCUCAUCUCUUCAGUAGCCCCAUCUCAGCCUCGUGCCCACCCAUACGGAUCUACCCCCGCCUACGGUCGAACUGGAGUCCUGAAAGGGUCCGGAGGCAGAGGGCAGAGCCUGGGCCGCAGGGGGAAGAUGGAGCAGCUUUCUCCAGAAGAGGAGGAAAAAAGGAAAGUGCGACGGGAACGGAAUAAGAUGGCGGCAGCCAAGUGUCGUAACAGGCGUCGGGAGCUGACGGACACACUCCAAGCUGAGACCGAUGUGCUGGAGGAUCAGAAGUCUGCGCUCCAAGCGGAGAUCGCCGGCCUCCUGAAGGAGAAGGAGAAGCUGGAGUUCGUACUCGCGGCCCACAAACCCGCUUGCAAGAUCCCCCAUGACCUGGACGGUGACUUUCAGGACUUCAGCUCCUCUCUGGACCUCGGUCUGAUUGCUGGCGUCUCUUCUGCUGCUUCCACCCUGGAGACGUCGGCGGACUCUCUCUUCCCUCUGAGCCUUCCUCAGUCUUCCAUCUCUGAGAAGGAGAAUCCGCAGCUGCAGGUCUCUCUGGAGCUCAAAUCCGAGCCUUUGGAUGACUUCCUCUUUACCUCUCCUCAUCAUCCUGGAGCGCCUGACGCCGCUCGCUCCGUACCGGAUGUGGACCUCACCAGCUCACUGUGCGCCUCUGACUGGGAGCCCCUGUAUAACACCCUGUCUGCAGACAUGGAGCCUCUGUGCACGCCGGUCGUCACCUGCACGCCAACAUGCACCACUUACACCACUUCCUUUGUCUUCACGUACCCCGAGUCGGAGCCGUUCCCCAACUGCGGGGCAGCGCAUCGCAGAGGCAGCAGCAGCAACGAGCAAUCGUCGGACUCUCUCAACUCUCCCACCCUGCUGGCUCUGUAACGCCAAAGGAAACCAGUGCGACGGCCGGCAGGAGGCCGAGCCCCGAGCGUCCCGCUCCCAAGGCAAUACGGCUCGCUGCUGCCUUCCUGCUGCUGUGUGCGCGGCGCAUGUCUCGUACGACAUCACGUGCCUCGGUGCUUCGAAUGAACUCGGUGUCUCUGUCGUGUCAUUGCCGAGGACCGGUGGUGUUGGACUCUCUUGGCUUGACGUGGUGGCUGCGCCUGCGCAGCGGGUGACUCCUGCUUCCAACUGCCGCCAUUGCCUCAUAACUCUUCCUGACAUGUAGCACUGACACGGACCUGGUUGUGAACCUCGUUGAUAUGUAGCAUGACGUCUGGCCUCUGACCGCAGGCUGCGUGUGGCCCUAAAUGUUUGAUAUGAUUUGGGUAACUUGUGAUCCCUCUUCCGAUUCCCUGAGCGGUGCUGCCGGCUUGGUGUGUGAUCCCGUGUAGCAUCUACCGAGCCCGCACGCAUGGCUACUUGGUGCUGGCGGGCCCCGGCUUCCGGGCGGGCCCCGCGCUCUGCAGCUGUAGCAGCCGUGACUUCAUCUUCUACGUCUGGUAUGGACAUUGACCUCAUUGGAGUGAACGUGCGCUUUAUUUUCACUGUAAUCCCGUCUGUCUCUUCUCGAGUUUUCCAUGAAAACGUUUUAUUUAUUGUAGACGGUUAUUUAAUUUAUGGAGAUAUUUAUAUUUUUAUUUUGUAUACCUGACGGAGCAGAACCGUAACUGUAUCUUGUCUAUGAAUAAAAUCUGAUUGCUUCCA